AUGGCACGCGGUAAACUUAUUCUGAUAGAGGGUCUUGACAGAACAGGCAAAAGCACUCAGGCCGCGAAACUCGUCGAGAGCCUCAGCAACCAGGCUCGUUUGGUCAAGUUCCCCGAAAGAUCCACUCCGAUAGGCAAAUUGAUCAAUCAGUACCUGAAGGAAUCCGAGACGCAUCUUGCCGACCAGGCCAUCCACCUGUUGUUCUCUGCAAACAGAUGGGAAGUCGCUGAGACCAUAAAAGCCACCCUACUUGAGGGGCGAGAUGUGGUGAUGGAUCGCUACGUGUAUUCAGGAAUCGCAUAUUCUGCGGCCAAAGCUGUCCCCGGUAUGGAUGUGCAGUGGUGCGCACAACCAGAAAAGGGACUUUUGAAACCAGAUUUGACCUUCUUUCUCACCAACAGCGAAAGCGAGCUGCGAAAGGGUUUCGGUGACGAGCGUUACGAGUCGUCUGGUUUCCAAACCAAGGUGCGUCACGAGUUUGAGACCAUCUUUAAAAACUACGAGAGCCAGGACUACAAGAACAAUCACAUUGUGUUUUUAGACACGACUGGGAAAAGCAUAGAGCAAGUGCACACUUCGGUAGGGUCGGCGGUCGAGGAAUACAUCCAAAAAAAUAGCGACGUUGAAGAAUUUAUGUACUUUUAA